AUGGCCAACGCCCCGCCGAGUUCCGGCGGCCUGGCCGUCGACCCGCCCGCAAAGGUGAAGAAGAAGGCGCCAAGGAAGCCGCGGUCGGAGUGCACGCCGGAGGAGAUCGCCAAGUUGGACGCAAAAUCGGCGAAGAGGAGGGAACGGAGAGCGGUCGUCAAGGUCAAUGCCGCCGCGGCCAAGUUCGCCGCCCAGCGCGAGGAGCUGGAGGCCGCGCGGCGCAAGGCCGCUGCCGAUGAGAAGGAGGACCUCGUCAACAAAGCGCACGCCAUCCUCAUGCUUGGCAUGGGCCGUCCGGCCGGGUUCCCUCCAGCGGCCGUCGGCCCGGCGAGCACAGGCUCGUCGGUCGCCCGGCCUUCGCACUGCCAGUCGCCAACGUCGCGCACCGCGCCCAUGUCGCCCGGCUUUCCUCCACCAAGGCGUGACGGGUAG